CGACUGCGGAGCGAGCGCCAGUCGAGUGUGGCCCAUCACCGCGCGUGCUUCGUGUCCGUCGCCGUCGUGUCGCUUCGUGAAGUGUGUGACGUCACUCGGUCCUGAGUGAAGUGUGAGUGAUUGUUGUAAUGUGCAGUGCGGAUAAACAAGGAUUGUCGCGACCCUUCGUCGAUGGAUGCCACGUAAGGGAACAGGCCGAGUCCUCAUGAAGAGCGCAGUGCAAGAUGGUUAGAGAGACUCGACACCUUUGGGUCGGAAAUUUGCCGGAGAAUAUACGAGAAGACAGGAUUCGGGAGCAUUUCAAACGCUAUGGCCGUGUUCAGAGCGUCAAGCUGCUGCCCCGGCUCAAGGACGACCCGCUUGACGGGGCCAGCGGGCUGUGCGCUACCGUGGCCUUCAUGGACAUCAAGUCGGCGUCCAAGGCGCACCUAAACGAGCACAAGCUGGACGAGCGGUGCUUGUCCACGGAGUACUACGAGCCGCCCGCGCCCACCUCGCUGUCGGCCUACGCUUCGCCCAGGUUCUCUCACGGGCCUCCAGAGGACCUCCAAACCUUCGAUCGGUCUAGUCAUUUUUACGAGCGAGGGGGGCGCGGGGCGACGGGUGAGGCCGUGGCCGUGGGCGAGGCGGCGUACCUCCGGCGGACAAACGCAGCCUUCCACGUGGAGCCCUUUCAGCGGGGGAGGACGCGGGAACGGCUGCAGCGCAACGGUCCGGCGGCGCCCUUCAGCGCAGUCAUAGAGAGCAGGUCGCCGGCGGCCCACCACCGGGUGCCACCUCCGGGCUCAUGGACCGCGUACGAUGGCACGCCGAGCAGUCGCUACACCCCGCAGCCCGGGCCGGCGCCGGCCGACGGCUACACGGAGGACGUCAUUCGGAGGGAAGUCCACAAGAAGAGAUCGUCCAAGUCGCGCCGGGAAGGGGAGGUGAUGACGCGUGUCAUGUUCCGACGCAGGUCGGGCAGCGAGUCGGGCUCCCAUUCCCGCUCCCAGUCGAGGUCAAGCCAGUCGAGGAGCAGGUCCAGGAGUCCUUCUCACUCCAGCGAGUCGUCCAGCCACUCGAGCGCAAGCAGUUGCAGCUCGGCUUCUUCCAGCCCGGGCUCCGACAAGUCUGUGUCUCCACACAGAUCGGUCGGCUCGAGUCACCAUGGCAGUGUGAGAGGGUCUGGCAGACUAGGUAGCACAGUGCAGUCAACGGUGAGCGCACCUCACCAGAAUAAUUCAAAUCAUAGUGAUGAAUCGAGGCCACUCGUUAUAUGUGUAAGAAAUCUUCCCAUCAGAUCUAGUGAUACAAGUUUAAAAGAUGGUCUUUUUCAUGAAUACAAGAAACACGGGAAGGUUACAUGUGUUAAAGUAGUUGGUCAGGCGGAGGACAGAUAUGCGCUGGUUCGCUUCAAGAAACCAGAGGAUGCCGAAAAGGCCCUCGAAGAGUCCCACAAUAAACUGUUCUUUGGCUGUAAAAUUGAAGUAGCUGCUUACCAAGGUUAUGAUGUAGAUGACAAUGAGUUUAGACCUUAUGAAGCCGAAUUAGAUGAAUACCACCCUAAAGCUACUAGAACGUUAUUCAUAGGUAAUUUGGAAAAAGAUAUAUCUCCAUCUGAAAUCAGGAAACAUUUUGAACAAUUUGGAGAAAUUAUUGAAAUUGAUAUCAAAAAGCAAGGAGGAGCUACAUCAUAUGCAUUUUGUCAGUUUGCUGACAUUGGUAGUGUUGUUAAAGCUAUGCGUAGUCUAGAUGGUGAACAUCUAGGAAGCAAUAGAAUAAAACUUGGUUUUGGCAAGUCAAUGCAGACAAAUUGUGUGUGGGUUGGUGGUGUGGCCGAUAAUGUGCCAGAAAAGUACCUGAAUGUGCAGUUUAACCAAUUUGGUGCAAUCACACAAGUAUCCGUUGACCGUGAACGUGGAUAUGCUCUUAUUUUCUUUGAACAAGUGCUAGCAGCACAGAUGGCUGUGAAAGAAAUGAGAGGGGUAUCACUAAGGGGCCGAAAGCUGCAAGUGGACUUUGCAUCAAGAGAAUGUCAAGAUGCAUUUUUUGUCCAUUUAGAAAAGCAAGGAUCAACCGACAGAUCAUGGAGGGACGCAACAUAUGACUCGAGGUGGGUGUCCACCUCUCCUAAAACUCCACAUGCCCGUGAGGUUGCUGCUACUAGGUUUGAAACAGCUGUUGUUGCUGGGGCAAGGUUUUCUCGAUAUGAGUCAACCACUCCAAGACAAAGGACAGCUUCAUACUCUAGAAGUGGAACUCCCGGCUCAACCAGUGGCAAUGUUACUCCAAGUGGAUCAUCCACACCUGUUGGUGUCACAAGAGUAAUACCUAGAACCCCAAGGUCUUCCCAAAGAUAUGAACUCUUCGAUGCUCCCAGCGCUUCUGAAUUCACAGAUCGGAGGUACAGGAGCUAUGAUGAGUUUUCUACUGGAAGUGGAGCAGGUAGUGGUCACUCGGAUGGCUAUGAAGGAAGUCCCAGUUUACGUGGAGGUGGGGAAAGUGGCGGCGCUAGUGAGAGUGAAUACUCAAAAAGGCUGCAGAGUGUUGUUGUGAGUGAGCCGUGUAUAACUCACCCACACCAACACCCGCAUGGUCCCCACCAUGCUCCACAUCAUCCCCACCAACACCACCCUCACCCUCCUCAGGGUGAACUUAGAACAUUACAGAAAGAAAGGUUACACAUACAGCACCAGUUAGAUCAACUGGAUGAUGGAGAUUCAUCAGGGUCAGAAGCAGCAGCAUUUCCAAGAAAGAGGGUACGGGUGGAUGAUUGUGAAGUGAUAUGUGAUGCUCUACACAACAAUCAUCGCAGAAGUGUGUCUGAAGUUAGAAGGCUAUCGGAGUCAGGAAAGCAUUGUGGGAGAAGACAGUCAACAGACAGUGGCAAACACUGUUCAAUAUAUUCUCCUCACCCAGUUUGUAAAAGAAGAAAAACUGGUAGCUCUACUUCAGAAGGUGAUGAAAGAAGAUAUCACCACCACCACCAUCACAAUUCAAUUGAUGUCACAGUUCUCAGUGGGAACGAAUCUGGUGACAAUUCAAGACCUGGAACCCCUUUAUUUGAUGAGAGACCAGAAAACAUUCUACCUAGCGAACCUAGAAGAGCGCCAAGGGAAAGAUUAAAUGAUGGACCUCUCUCACUUCCCCUCCCAAGGUUUGCUGCCCAGUUGCAGUUUCCUUGCAAACAGUCAUCAGCUGCCAAGCUGUCCUCCCUGUCGUCGCCCCCGGCGGUGACGUCGCCCAAACCCAUCUCCUUGCCGCCGCCGAGUCCCAACCCAAGCCCGGCACCUCCCCCGGCCUCGCCGCCACCAAGGCCACCCUCAGCACCCUCAUCCUCGUCUUCGGAUUCGGACUCGGGGAACCUCAACUCGCCCAAGCACUCUCCCACCACGGACCAUUCUUUGGACGAGAGAGUCAAGGCACUGGAGAAGAUGUAUGAGCAGUGGACGGGGAAGCGCGCCAACUGUGCGUCGGGUGGCGACGCCCUGUCCAAGGUGGACAACUCGGUGACAGAGCGCCUUAGGUCAAGGCACAAGUGUCUAGACUUGGACUUGGCCGGGAUGAAGCCCUCGGAGAUCGUCAAUCUAGUCCUGGCCAAGCGGUCCGUUUUCGACGAAGACUCCAAGCGGCUGGAGAAUGUGAGUGACAAGUAUGAGCCCAAAGAGUUCGUCCCCGUGACGAGGCCCUUGAGGAUAUCUGGCCUCGGGGACUCUCUGGGUGUCCUGGGCAUGUCUCUGGGUGGAAAGGGCCCCAUCUCUCCCUCAAGCCAGAACUCGUUACCGAAGGCGGGCGGCGUGGCGGGCCUCUUCCCGUCGCCGCUGUCGUCGCCGUCCGCGUCGGCGGCGGCGCAGGCCACGUCGUCCGCCACAGCCACCUCCACCACCGUCAAGUCGCCCUUCUCGGCUGCCAGCGUGACAUGCGGGGUGACCUCCACGGCCACCUGCACCACACCCAAGGCCCUCAGUCCCACGACGCCGGGCAACAACAAACUGUCGAUCUCAAUGCCAAAGACUCCCGGGCUGCAGUAUCCGUUCCCGAGCCACCCGCCAGCCCAGCCUUCCCCGUCGGUGGCGUCCACUUCGGCCGCGGCCUCCCCCACGUCCACCUUGGGCCUGCUCAGCGUCGUUACAACGGCGGCCCCGUCCACUUCAGUACCAUCAGCUGCCUCGUCGCCCGUCUCCAUCACCUCGGCGAGCAGGCCGGCAUCGCCGGCUCUCAAGUUGGUGAUGUUGACAACGUCGACAACCACCAGUACGGCGAGUGUGGCUGGGUCAUCGGUCACCUCGGACGCACCAUCAUUGGCGUCGCCGCGGUUGGGUUCGGCGGUGCCCUUAGCGGGAUCUCCCACUACGGGUGGCGUGACGGCCUGCGUGUCCGGGUCGGACCCGAGGUUGAAGAUGGUCAACUCUUCGUCACCCACCACGGCCGUGACGGCGUGCUCUGGUAACACGCCGUCACCUGAGGCCACCCGGACGUUGGCAUCCACCGCGUCCACCACUUCCUUGCCGGGACUGGCUUCCCCGGAGGGAUCAAGAUUAUCAGCGAGUGCUGCGGCAAGUCCUCCGUGUGCGGUGGCGCUCGAAGCUUCUUCCAAACAGGAGAUUUUACCAAAGAGUGUGAGCGUGUGCGGUCAAGUUAGUUCCAUUCCUACAAGACUAAGUGCUUCUUCGCCAUCAAGUAGAAACAUUCCUGUUAGUGCAGAAUCAGUAAGAAUAUUAGCAACUCCGUCUGUGAGUGCAAAUCCUAGUUCAAGUGUAGUUUCAUCCAUGACGUCAAGUUUGAAUGUUACAACAGCAUCCCCCACUGUUGUAACAUCAACCUUCACCAAUGCCAUUCCAGUUUCUUCGCCUCCAAGUGUUCCUUCACCAGACAUCAUCAAACCAGUACCUAAGAAAGAAAUUAGUUCUAUUCAGCAAAAAUUAAGUUUAAAGAAAGAAUUGUUAUCUUCACCAUCAACUUCACCUACUUUAAGCCCUAAAGAGAAGACAUCAGAUGCCUUCGCCAAAAUUUCAGCACCUUCAAGAAGAGAGUCUGCAUCUUCUAGCGCUAGUUCAACAAGUUCUAGUAGCAAAAAAGAGUCAGAUCUUGAAAAUCAUAAAAUUUCUAAACCACGGCAUGAAGACAAAAGGGAAAAGAAUAGCCCUGCUUCAAUCAGUGGUAGAAGAAAUAGUGAACCAGACUCUGAAAAGAGAAGAGACAGAACGGACUCUAUGGAGAGUAGAGAACACCGAAAGAACAAAGAUGGAGAAAACCAUCGCCGGAAAGACCGUGAUGUUGAAGGUUCAGAAAAAGAAAGAUCUCGCAAACAUCAUUCGGAAAAGAAAGAAAGUAAAGAAGGUUCUCCACUUGAAGUUUCUCUUGACAGAAGAAAGGAAGAUAGGAGAGAUAGUGAAAAACAUGUUGACAGACGAAGAGAUGAAAGAAGAAAAGAUGAAAAAUCUGAGAGGAGGAAGGAGUCCUCAGAGAAAAGUGAUAGACAUAGAGAUGACAGAACAACUGAUAGACGCAAGGAAAGCUCCUCAUCUUCUGAUAAGUACGAAAGAAGGAAAGAGGAAAAGAAGGAUGCUGAAAAGUUGGAGAGGCAGGAAGAAAAGGCGAGAGAUGACAGGCUGAAAGAGGAAACCAUCCUCAAGGAAGCCGAGAAACAAUGUGAUAAAAUUAAAGAAUCAGAGCGGCAUAAGGAAAGUGACAAGCAAACUGAACUUGAAAGGAAAAAGGAACUUGAGGCGCAAGAACAGGAUAGGUUAAUAGAAGAGGAGAGAAUUAAAGAAGAAGAAAGAAUUAGAGAGGCAAAAGAAGCUGAACGUCAACUGGCAGCUGAGAGGCAGAGAGAAUUAGACAGACAAAAAGAAAUGGAGAGGCAAAAAGAAUUGGAAAGACAAAAAGAGUUGGAAAGGCAGAAAGAAAUGGAGAGGCAGAAAGAGCUGGAGAGACAAAAGGAACAAGAAAGGCAGAAAGAAUUGGAAAAGCAAAAAGAAAUGGAAAGACAUAAGGAGCUGGAAAGACAAAAAGAACAAGAAAGGAUUAAGGAGCUUGAUCGUCAAAAAGAACUUGAACGUCAUAAAGAAUUGGAAAGAAAACGUGAAGAAGACAUCCGUAAGAAAGAAUCUGAAAGAAGGAGAGGAAAUGAAAAACAAAAAGAGGCAGACAAGCAAAAGAAGAAGGAUGUGGAAAAGCACACCGACAGGCAUGCUGAAAGACAGAGAGAAAGGGAUGAUCGCAAGAAAGAGGAAAAACAUGAGUCAGCUUCUGAAAGAAGAAGGCACACAACUGACGCACCUUCAGAGAAAAGGCGAGAUGAUAACAUUGAGAGAAGAAGAGAGACAGUUGAUGCUCCUCUGGAUCGCAAACAUUCCGUUGAAGUUUCUUCAGACAGAAAACAUUCUUCAGAAUCUAAGCAUGAUCGCACUGCAGAGCAUGAUAGACGGAGAGAAGAUCACCCAGAACGAAAGAGAGAUACUACAGAGUCAUCUGAGAGAAAGCAUAGUCAUGGUCACAGUCAUAGUCAUAGGGACCAUAGCCACAGUCAUGGCCAUAGCCACCGAGAUGGCCAUAGUCAUAGCCAGCACUCUUUAGAAAGAAGAGAAUCCCGAGACUCAACCUCCACCCAAUCUUCUGAACGCAGGCAUCACGAUUCAGAGAGACGCCAUGCUGAUACAGAGAGAAAGAGUGAAAUUUUAUCUGAGAAAAGACGUGACACUACUGAGAAGAAAGAUGAACAUAAGCAUACUGCUUCUGAAUCUUCUGUUGAUAAAAGAAAGGAAAAUACUGAGUCCCAUAUUGACAAAUUCUCAGAGAAGCGCAGGGAUUCCACAGAUUCCCUAAUGGAGAGAAGGAAGGACACUAAUGACAAGGAUUAUCAUAUGGACACCUCAGAAAGAAGUGUUGAAGCAAUUCAGAGUGCUCUCUCAGAAAACGUUGAAAUGGAAGAUACUAUGGACCGUCGGAAGGAUAAACAGGCUUCUGAAGAAAGGAGAAAGGAACGCAAAGAAAGAAAGGAGCGUCUUGAAAAAGCUGAACGGACUAGUGCACCUUUGCCUGCUCCCAUUGGGGGUAAAAGAAGAGUUAGUUCUCAGGAUAGUGUUGAAGGUACGCCUGAGGACUGUAAACGUAUCAAACUUGCUCCAGUUAGCGAGACACCACCAGAACGCAGAGACUCUAAAGACAGUGGCCGAAGUAGUGGCAGCAGCAAGAGAAGUUCUGGGGAGCGUCAUCUCAACUCCACCGAAGAAAUGAACAUCCAGAGACAUGACAAGGACAAAAUAGCUAAGGAAAAGAAAAAGCCUAAGAUUCCUCUGCUUAUAAAUUCCAUGAAAGAGGAAAUUGAAUCCGAGGAUGAAAUGAUGCCCGCAAAGCAAGAAAACAAAGAACUCAAGGCUAUGAGCCCUGAUUUCGGCAGCAGUGAAAGUCUAGAUGAGAAAGGCAAGGGCCCCAGAAAAGAGAAACGCAGCAGUGGUGAAUUUUGCAAAGAUGAAAAGAAACGGAAAGACAGUGCAAGAAGAAGGGAAGCCAGCUUUCUCACUGGAACUGAUACUGAUGGCUCUAAUGAUAAUGACGAACCCACUAAAAAGCAGCACUCCAUCUUUGACAUUGUUGAUGAUGGUCCAGCCUAUAUAUCUAUGUAUGAUAAGGUGAAAGCCCGAUCAACCAAAAACAUGCAGAAACAGGAAGAAGAGAAGCGUCAGGAGAAAAUGAAGGAAAAGUUUUCUGCUCUGAAACAGUCACGAGCCAAACGCGAAGAGAAGAAACGCUCGACAUCAUACGACGAAGAUUCGGACUCUGAAUCUGGUCGUGGGAAGAGCUCUCGGCGCAAGGCUCUGGUUACCAGCUCCAGUGAAUCAUCCGGCUCUGACAGCAAGCCGAAGAAAGCAAGCAGCUCCAAGAAAGACGACGAUUCGGAAUCAGACUCGCGCAUGAAGAGUAAAAUGCGUGAAGAGAGUGAGGGAGCAGCGCGCACCAAAGCCUUGCUCAAUGCAUUGGCGAGGAAGGGCAGCCGCUCUCGCAUCGUCUCUGACACCUCCGAGGACGAAAGGGUUGUGAACCGCAGACCUAAACCCUCCAACAUAUUCUCUGACGAUAGUGAAGCUGAUAUGGGCUUUGCCGAACUGGAAGACACUCAGCAAUUCAAAAUCAAACAGAAUGCCAUUGCUGACUCCUCCGAUGAGGAAGAACACCAGCAGCAGAUGGAUGCCGCGAAGGCCAAGAUCUUUAUGGAGAGCUUGAAGCUGGAAAAGAGGAUCAAGCAGAAUCAUGAUAGUGGCGCGGAGGACGAUGCAACAGUAGAAGGAACGCCUCCCCCGCCAGCAUUGGAGAACUGCAACUUUUCCGGUCAUUCUAAGGAUAAAGAUGGCAUUCGUAAGAAGUCUCACAAGAACAAAAAGAAGAAGCAAAAGAGCUCACAGCAUCGCGAGGAUCCGAUGGACGGGGACUCAGAAAUGCCCGACAAACAAGACAUGGCAAACUGUGUGGAGAAGAGAAAGAAACACACGUCGAAGAAAGAGCGCAGAAAGUCGAAUCACAGCAAGCUCCUCAACGACGAGGAGGGAAAGCAGCGCCAGGAAGACGGAGGCAAGUCCAAGACCCGGAAGCUGGAGAACAACGUCAAGCGGGACGAGAAGAUGGAGUACAUCUUUGGACCGCUCUCCGAGGACUCGGAGAACAGCAAGCCGCCGCCCGCUCUCAACAACAGCAGCGAGAGUCGCGAGAGCCUGCCCCUCAGCCCGACGGCCCACAGCCCGCAACACCGCCACGGCUACGACAAGAUGCCGGCCAAGUGGCAGGUGUCGCAGGUGUACGCGUCCGACUCGGACUCGACGGGCCCGGUGGAGCGGGAGGUGCAGGCGGCGCAGGCGCGCAGCAAGCGCAAGGAGAAGAAGCGGCGCGAGCGCAAGGCCCUGGACGAGGCCGGCAAGAUCCUCGAGGCCAAGCUGCUCAACGACGACCUCCCGAACCUGUCGCCCAUCAAGGCGGAGCGCGACCCCCUGUCCGCCAAGGAGGCCCUGGGGCCGGUCGCGCCGACAGCCAACGACUUCGACGUGUUCCAGUUUACGGAGGGGGACGAGAGUCGCGAGGCGGGCGGCGCCGAGGCGGUGGUGCACAAGGAGAAGCGCAAGAAGCGCAAGAAGUCCAAGGAGGAGAAGCAAAACCGACACCACCACCAUCACCACCACCACCGCGACCGCGAGCACUCCAAGGGGUCUGCGUCCCCGGACCGCAAGGCCUCCACUUCGACGCCCAGCCCGCCCGAGGUCAGAUCAGAUGCGGAGGCGCCGAACAGCCCCACGCACCUGCCGGACCUGUCCAUGCCGUCGCUCCCCAGCCUCAGCCCUACGCAUGCGUCGACGCCCACCACCACCGCCCCCGCCGCGGCUGCGCCCACCGGGUCCGCGUCCAGCCCUGCCACCACCAGCCUGCCGUGCUUGUCGCCCGCUGCGGCCAAGAAGGUGCUCAUGCCCUUCGACGACCAGAACAUUCACGAGACGGCCGUCAAGAGCAUCGAGCAGCAGUUUUCGCCGCCUCGUCUCGACCAGCCUCGCGCACAGGGACAGGACGACGUCAGAAUCAUGCACAAGGAGGACGCCCACAACAAGCUUAUCAUCUCUCAGGAGGAGACCGAGGACGCGGUCGCCGCUCUUCUCGAGGAGACUUUCGGGGGCAGCGAGGACUUCGGCGAGCACACGAGUUCGUACGACAACGAGGUGGUCGAAGAGGAGGAGGCGGCAGACGACGAGACGGCUCAGGCCGUGGAGAGCCUCAAACCGGACACGCCCCAGUCGGAGAACGACUUGCAGAUCGACACAGACACAGACGACGCAGAUGCCGAUACGAGCGUCAGCGCGAGCGUCACUGGCUCCCUGGACCGUUCUUUCGAUCGUUCCAUCAGCACACCCGACACCAUGGACUUCAGCCGGCCUCCAAGAACACCGGACCUGCCGGCGUCGUUCUUCAACAGACAGCAGCAGCAGCGUGAGACCUCUGACGAGGCGGAGACCCCUACCAAAGUGGUGCCGAGCGAAGGGCUGAUGGAGCGCAUUUCCGACCUGGCGAUGUCUCGACCAGCCGCCCGCUCGCCACCCGCGACUCCUGCCGCGCCGUCGGUGCCCGUCGCGGCCGCCUCACCCGCCGCCUCGGCCCGCCUCUCGUCACCCAAGGCCGCCAGCGAGGUGAAGCCCGAGCUGUUCGACAAGCCCGUGUCCGCCCAGGUCACCUCCACCAUCGUGACGGCGCCCAAGGCCGAGCCCGUCUCCACCGUCGUGUCCGCCCCGAGCGCCGUCCCGCCUGUCGACGUGAAGCCCGAGGCCAAGCAGGAGUUGAAGCCGCCGAUCCCGGUCGUGCCGCAGGUCAAGCUUCCUGUGAAGACAGAUACGAACCACGUAGCAAACCUCAAGUCCCCGGUCGAGCGAGAGACUUCGCCCACCAAGAGCUCAGUCAUCAAGGGCACCGUCGUAGCGCCCAUGCUGGUCAAGCCAGUCCCGGUGCCGGUCGUAAGCGCCCACCCCAUGAUACACCAGCAAUUGCCCAACCUCAACAUCAACUCCACGGCUCCGAUCAAGAAACCAAUCACAACCUUCCCUCAGACGCCCGUCACCACCUACCCGCAGCCGCCGUCUGUGGUGCACGCCGUUCGCCCUGGCCUGACCGCGGCACCGCAACAACAGAACCUGGCCGUGUCCACGACGCCGACCCUCAUCAAGUCGACCGGUCCCGCGGUCAGCGCCGUGCCCAGUACGGCGUCGUCGACCCUGGUCAACUGCAACUCGCCGCGGGUGGUGUCCAAGGUGGUGCCCAAGGCGGUGCCGGUACCCGUCGUUCGUGGCGGCCUCGGGGUGGUCCCGCAGCCCGUCAUCACCAGCCGGAUGGGCCUGCCUCAGCAUGCCAUCGUGAGCGCUUCGCCGCGCCCAACCGGCUACGCCGCGGUCGCACCUCCACAGCAGCAGCAGCCUCAGCCUCAGCCCCAUGCACUGUCGCAGUCGCUGCCACAGCCGCUGCCGCAGCUCCACCACGUGGUAGGCACAGUGGCCCCCAAGAUCAUCUCGCCGCCCGGGCUGAGGAUGCCGCUGCCCGUCUCCACCCCGACCAGCGUCAUCACCCUCUCGUCCACGGCCUCGUCCGCGGGCUUGCUGACCACGGUGACGCCCUCCACCGCCACGCCGCCCAUGAUGACCAGCACGCAGGCCCUGGCGGGCUGCAGGCCGGCUGUCCAGCCUCCACACACGGCCCACAUGAUGCCGACCGGCCCGAGGUUCGUGAACGUGGUGUGCGGCAUGCGGCCGUCUCAACAGCCUGUCGUCCGCCACCUGGGCCAGCUGGGGUCGCCUCAGCUGCACCAGAUGACACCCACGACCCUGCCUCAAACUCUGGCGGGCCUGGCCCGCGCGCCGCAACCCGGCGUGCUGGCUGUCAACACGGCCUUCAACAAGGCGCCGUUCCCCAUGGUGUCGAGCCCAUCGCCCAAGCCGCACCCUCCGAGCGCGCCGCAGUCACCCGCAGCCAUGUCGCCCACGUUGAACUCGCUGGUUGCACCGACAUCAGACAGCGCAAUCAUCAACACCUCGAUUGCUUCACCAUCCGGCGCCAGCCCCAAGCCAAGUCCUCGACGAAGCCCGAAGCCGAGCCCCAAGCAGGCUCCGGACAGCGACCGGGACGAGGACGAGGGUGAGGGCGCUCUUUGCAUCGUGGAGGACGAGGUGGUCAAGGACACCAAGCCGUCACCUGCACCAGUUCCUACACCGGUGCUCACACCAGUACACAUGCCUGUGCACACACCGGUGCACACGCCCGUUCUGACACCCGUGCUCAAACCCGUGCUUGCCCCUGUGCACGCACCCGGCCCAAUUCGCCAGGUGCAGACCAACUUCAAGAGCCAAAUCAAGUGUGACUCGCCUAUCGACACCAAGGACGAGUUCUGGUCCAAAGAGGUCAACAUCGACUCCGUCAUCAAGACGGUGGACGCUCUCUGCUCCAAAGACGAAGAGGCGAGCGACAAGAGCCCGCGUGUCUCCCGCGACCAAGCCGGGGAGAAGGCGUGGUUCGAUUCGCGGACCUCUACCGCCGCCACGGUCACCGCGGCGUCGUCGACAUCGUCAAUCACCACGACCACCAACACUGCAACCACCAACUCCUCUGACGCGGAGAAGAGCUCUGCUUGGCACCCGGAGCGCCCCGGCGAGCCGGAGAGGCCCUGGCUUGCUGUGAAGCCCAUGGAGAGGGCCAAGAGCCCCAGCCCCAGCCCCGCUCUCAUCAAGGAGGAACCCUCUGCGGGGCAGUGGCUGCCUGGCGAGAAGUCCCUCCCCAUCUCUGUGCAAGCCGGGCCCAUCAAGGCGGAGCCCAAGCCCUGGCCGCUCGGACUCGAGAAGGAAGACAGCAAAGCGUGGCUCGCCGCGACGCCCGUGGACCGAGACCAGGCCCUGGCUCACCUGGUGGCCAACAAAGAUCGUGCCUCCAAGCCUAUGCCCUGGCUGGAGGCCAAGGUGCCCGACAAGGUCUCGGACGCGUGGCUAGACAAGCUGAGCAACUCGACCCUCAAGGAGAAGGACAACGGCGCGCGGCAGCCCCCGUGGGUGCACCACCAGGUGCACGCCAUGUCGCUCACGGCUGAACAGGAGCGCGAGCGCUGGCUAGCUGUCACUUCAUCCGUGUCCCCGAUGUCGCCGAGGUCACCUGCCCCGCGCAGCCCCAGCAUCACUGCGGCGGAGACCCUGGAGGUGUCGCCCCUCGCCAAGGAGUACGCCGUGCGAUCGCCCAACCCACAGCGGGUCUCCGAGAUCAUGGCCACCGUGUCGCCGCUCAACCGCGACAAGCUGGACUCCUUCGUGCCGCGGGACGACCCGUCCAAAACUGCGCCGCCCACCUCCACCAGCACGACGACCGUCGCCAGCAGCGCGUCGCAGGAACACCACCCCGAAGACGAGUCCAAGAAGCUUUCGCUGCACGGGCCGCUCUCCAUCGACAGCAACGCGACCAAGUCACCUGCCUCGUCGCUCAACGAGUCCAAGGACGACGCCGACCUCUCGGACGCGCACGACGCGCAGGACAACUCCGACGAGGACGGCAACUCCAAGGAUGACGCAGCGGGAGCGCGGCGACGCGGUCAGCGCCGCAACACACGCCGCACGGUCAGCACCCGGGCCGCGGCGUCCACGACAACCGCACCGCAGCAGGGCGUGACUACCCGGCGCGCGCGCCAGACCGACAAGGAUGACGCCAAGACCAGCGCGGUGGCCACACGCCGCGGACGCACCCGCGCCCGAGGCGCCAACGACAACGUGACCCGCAAGCUGGCCGAUGUCUACGAGUUUCGAGAUGACUCAGAUGACGACAAGGACAAGGUCAAAGUCAAGGAUGAGAUCAAGCGGGACACCUCGGAGGAGAACAAGACCAAGGAAGCGCCCGCAGUGGUCGUCUUGUCUACGGAGGAGAAAAAGGAAGACGUGGAGGUCAAGAAGGAAGACAAGGACGAGAAGCGCCCGCGGCUGAUCUUGACCAUCAAGAGCCCCGCCGUCGCCGCGGCCACCAAAGAGCCGACCGUCAGCACCAAGACGUCAUCCGUCGUGCAACCCGUUGUGGAGACCCGCGAGGAGCCCGUGGUCGUGGUGCCCACGUCUACCCUGGCCGCUACGACCUCGACCACCUCUGCGUCCACCGUUGCGACGGCUACAACGGCUGCCACGGCAACAACUACGGCGGCCACGGCGGCCUCAGCUGCGUCCACGCGCAAGUCGAGGCGCCUGCAGGAGAAGGAUGGUUCUCGCAGCACAGUGGACGACGUCAUCGACGAUGUGUCUUGCCUACCCCAGGUCCGCAACGUCGCCGUGGUCACGCGCUCGGCGGCGGCGGAGACGACACCCGCGGCGGCAGGGAAGGCCGCGGCCACCCCGUCAGCCCCGACGACGCCUCCGCCGGCGCCGCCCGCACCGGCCCCUGCAACGCGCAGGCAGACCCGUCAAGCCAACCGCGGCGGCCUGGACGCUUCCGCCCCGGAGCAGCCCAGGAAGUCGCCCAGGGCGACGCGCAAGACCGCGACCAACGCCACUCCCACUAUCCGACGAGACUCGUCCAGCGAGGAGUCCAAGAAGCCCGCCGAGUCGAGGGUCAAGAGCCCCAGCCCGACGCGCUCCGUGGCGUCCCCGCUACAGUCUACUCCAACAUCCGUGCAAUCUGUGGCGACUACAUCGGCGCCCGCGUCCACGGCCAAUGUCUCGAGCAUUGUGACGAGCCUUGCAACAAGCAUGGCUACGAGCAUGGCUACAGGCAUGGCUACGAGCCUGGCCACGAGCCUGACUGCAAGCUUGGCGACGAGCCUGACUACAAGUAUGGCUACGAGCCUGGUGACCAGCAUGGCUACAGGCAUGGCGACGACCAUCACCACGACCAUGCCCUCGUCUCUGGCCAACCUCAAGGCGCCCGGCAAGCUGACCACGCGUGUCCUCGAGAAGGAGAAGGAGCGCGAGGAACAGCAGAGGAAGAGACGCAGCGCCGGGUCCCUGGACGAGCACAACGAGCCCACCAUGAUGAUCUGCCCGGAGACGGGCGUGCUCAUCCCCAUGCAGGAGGCCGAGGAGGGGCAGUACGUGCCUGUGCCGGGCUCGGUGGACGCGGUGGCCGUCAAGCCGUCUACCAUCAUCGUGUCCAAAGCCACCACCUCGACACAGUCGGAGCCACCGUCAGUGGUGUGGCCGAACCAGUCCGUCACCGUCAAGCCGCUGCAGAGCCUAAAGCAGCACGUCCUGGCCCAGGCCGUCAAGCAGGAGCAGCAGCAACUUCAGGCUGCCGCCAACGCGGCACAACUACUAGCUCAAAAGCCUGUGGUUUACGGCAAGCCGGGCCAGCUUCCACCCCAGGAGCAACCCAAGUUGGUCGUGGCUCCCAUGCCAGGCACCCCGGUGCCGCAGGCUGCCAAGGUGUGUGUCGUCCAGCCCGACCCCAAGGUGAAUGUGAACGUGGUGGUUGGACAGCCUCAGGUGGCACAAAAGCCUCGCGACAUGAUACUCAAGAGCAACAUCGCGGGCGCUGCGCCGCUCCUGACGUCGCCCAAGCCCAUGAACAACACGCCGGUGCCCUUGGUGACGGCCAACAAGAUGGGCAUUGCCACCUCGGUCCCGAGCAAGCCGCCCAUGCCCAUCGUCAACCAGAUCUCGCCCCAGGCUUUGAACCCCAAGAUCCCAAAGAUCCCCAAAAUCCACCUGCUGCAGGCGGCCACGACGAUCCAACAAACACCGAACUCAGUGCCAAUUUCUUUGGCCAAGGUCAACCAAGUGGCAACUGUGCAAGCAGGUGGUCCGUUGAACAAGCCCACCUCGGUGGCGCCCAUGACACCCAAGGCGCACAUCCUGAACUCGGUCAACCAAGCCAAGAACACCCCCAAGGCACCGCUGGGCGUCGCUCUGCCGCAGCCCGCGGGCGUCGUGAUCCAGACCAAUCCGGCGGUGCACAUGCUGGCGUCGUCGUCUGCAGGGGCGGUGGUCAAAACGCUGCCCCAGACUGUGUCUGUCGGCGUCAAGCCGCUGUCGCUCGUCCAGCCACCCAAGGUGCACCACAUCCACGGGGUGCAGCAGGCGCAGCCUCAGCAGCAGCAGCCGUUUGCAGGCGCCGUGGCCAGCCCACCGCUGCACAAGCCAGCCCAGCAGCCCGUCAUCGCCGGUGCCGCCAACUACAGAGCUACCGUCGUCCCCGUCGCGCAGGCCAAGUCUCAGAUGGAAUCUGAACCCCCAAAUCUGGUUCCUCUAAGGGCUUCUCAAAUCUCACCAGUAUCCUCACUGAACGGUGGAACACAGACUCAGACUUUUAGUUUACUGUCCUCUCUGGCCAUGCCGUUGGGCGAAGGUGUGGUGUCGCACCCGUUCCAGCCGCCGCACAUGGUCCGCGCCGCGCCGCCGGGCGUCCACGAUCUGUCUCAGCACGCCCAGUACGUGCACCCCACCGUCAUGUACCAGUACCUCCGGGGCGACGGCAUGCUGCCGUACCACCUGGCCGCGGCCGCCGCCUCCGCCACCGGGGCCGUGGUGCCGCCGCCGCGCAGCCCCAUCGUCCCCAAGACGGAGCCCGACCUGGAGGACGGCAGGGUGGUGCCCUUGGCGUCGCCCUUGGCGGCCCCGCCGGGCAGCAGCCCGCCCAUCGAGCUGCGCCGGCCCGCCAGCGCGGCGGGCGCGGUGCCCCUGACGGUGCCGCUGGCCGUCCCCCUGACCGUCCCCCUGGCCGGCAACCUGGCCGCGCCCACCACGGCGCACGGCCUGCAGUCGCCGCAUGACCGCGCCACGGACUCGCCGAGCCUCGCCACCGUGUACCGCGGCCUGCCCACGCACCUGCACACGCCGGCGCGCUACUACCCGGCGGCCGACGAGCCCCCGCCCGCGCACGUGCACGCCGUGGCCAGCAGGCCCGCCGCCAUCCACCUUCCUGGUGCACCCUCCACGCCGCAGCAGCAACAGCAGCAGCAGCAAAAACAACAGCAACAGCAGCAGCAGCAGCAGCAGCAGCAACAACAACAGCAACAGCAGCAGCAGCAGCAGCAGCAAAAACAACAGCUGCAGCCGGGCCCUGAAACCGCUGUCGCCGUGUCCAGCAGGCCGCCGAUGGGCGAUGUCUCCACCCCGCCCGUGGCCGGCCAGGUGCCCGCGCAGCACGAUUCCCUUCUGAUGCUGUUGCAGCGUUAUCCUGUAAUGUGGCAAGGACUCUUGGCCUUGAAGAACGACCAGGCUGCGGUCCAGAUGCACUUCGUCUUUGGCAACCCCGUCGUCGCGCGUGGUUCGCUGCCGUGCAACGGCGAUGGAACGACACCACCACUAAGGAUUGCCCAGAGAAUGCGUCUGGAGCAGACACAGAUCGACGGAGUAACACGCAAGAUGCAGACUGAAAACGAGCACUGUAUGCUCUUGGCUCUCCCUUGUGGACGAGACACCAUGGAUGUUCUUCAGCAAUCCAACAAUCUCCAGACUGCUUUCAUAACAUAUCUUCAACAGAAGCAAGCCGCUGGUAUUGUGAACAUUGCCGCUCCUGGAUCACAGCAGGCUGCAUAUGUGGUCCAUGUGUUCCCGUCUUGUGAAUUUGCCAACGAGAGUUUAGCUCGAAUUGCACCAGAUCUAUUCCACAGAGUUGCUAAUCUUGCUCACCUAGUUAUAAUUAUUGCCACUGUGUAAGUUUGAAACAGCUCAUUGCACAUGUGAAAACGUUAUUUAAUCCUAAUUGUGACUUUGACCAAAAUAUAUACACUCUUAUUCCUACUUGACUAUUAACGGAAGCCAUGUAUUCAACUUAUCUUAAGUAGACUUCAUUCUUAAACAGACUGCUGUUUGGGAAUUGCAGCUGCCCUACAAAGAUUUUUAUAUUGUUGAUCUCAGCUGUGCACUAUAAAAGAUGCCCUUGUUAUAUGGAUCAUUGUAAGAUUUCUUGGUCCUUUUGCUGUGUAGUAUGCCUGUAACAUUUUUCUAUAGCUUAAUAUGUGUAUCUAUACAUUCUAUCAUUAUAGUUUACAUACCUUAUCUUUUCACGUUAUCUUAAGAUACUGUCAAGCCUUAAACAUACUUGCUUCAUUCAUUUUAAAUUUUGAGAUUUUCUUUAAUUUUUUUCUGAAUGACAAAUGGAACAGGAGGUACUUCCUGUCUCUUGAUUUUGUGUGUGUGUGUGUGUGUGAUAGUGUUGAUGAGUGAAUGGUUUUGUUUUACUUUUGGACUGGUGCUCUUUAUUAGCCUGCUUGAUGCAAGUAUGUUGGGUUGGAGGUGGGCAUGUGGUUUCACAGUCUCUUUUUAUGACGAUUUAAUUAUAAAUUUUGAUGAUCUCUCCAAUUAUGACCUCUAAUGGCAUACUAAAAUAGCAAGAGGGUCCGAGGGCAUUAUAUGAAGUUACCGUCAAAGCUGGUUAUGCUAAUAUGAUGAAUGUAUGUUUGCUUGUAAAAGUUGUUUUAAAGAUUGUUAUAUCUUGAUGUUAGUUGAUAUGCCAUUUGAUGCGCCUCUUAUUCACUACUUGCUAUGUCUAUGUUGAGAAAAGUUGUUAAUGUUUAGGGAGAAAUGUUUAUACAAAUCUACCUUAAAACAGUUCAGUAAGUAAUUCUAAUUUAUAGUCUUCUUCUUCGUGAUGUGUGGAAAUUUAAUUGAGCCUGUCAGGCUAUUGUUAUCAAGCUGUGAUGUUGAUGCGGCUCAGUCCGACCAAAUGAACGAAGGCGAAGGUGAAGUCGCAUACAUUCACAUUUCUCUCUGUCACUGUGAUGUUGUUGUACUGAUGUCUGCAGAAGGAACUAUUAUUUUAAAAAUAUAAAUUUUAAUAAGUAACCUAAUCAAACUUUCGGGGGAAAAUUUGAAGGUUUGGUUAUUUUUACUUGUCUAGUUAAGUGCUUAUUUAGAAGAUUCAUGUCUGUCACAUUUGUUACCACCAAGUUCUAUUGCAUGAUGUCAGAAUAUUGUUUCUUAAUUAUUCUUAAAAUCAAAAACAAAGUUAAUUUUGUUUUAAAUGUCUUAUUGUCCAGAUGAACAUGUAGCCUAAAUUGGCUCCAAAGUGGCUUUAUUAGAAGUAGACAAGUUGACUGUCACCCUCCGCUCACUGUAUAUAUUUUGUACAGAAAGUGUUUGAACUUUAGUCCAAGGUACCUACAAUAUAAAUAGACCUAUAAAAAUUAUUAUAUGUACAUACAAAGUAACAUCUAUAACUGAUUCUAGUAGUGUACAUUUGAAAAAAAAGUAUGUGUAAAAAUUGAUAUGGGAGUUAGCUUAGUGCUGUUCCUGAGGCUGUUAAACUCAUGAAAAGUGUAGAUUUCACCUUUUUUUUUAUUAUUUAUAUUUUAUCUAUGUUUUCUUCAAGUGUUGAUCUGAGAAAUGAUUCAAGAUUUGAAAAACAUGCAGUUAAACUAAUACCAUUCAAGUACAAGCUUUCUGGUUGUAGCCAUUGCUACUUGUUCUAGUGCCUCUUAAAUCAUGACUAGGGAAGUGAAAAAUACCAAUGAGGUUCUUUCUAUUAAAUCUUACCAGAUUAUUCAUUGUCUGUUUGCUCAAAAACAAGAAGAAAAAUCCGCCUUUAUAAGUGAUGGAAUAUAUUUUUUUGAUAAAAGUGGUUUCAGACACAAAACAUGGAUGUUUGAGUCCCAGCUAUUUGUGUUUGAAAUGUAGGGAGGGGAGAGGGGGGAAGCAUACACACAUGUAAAUAUUCACAUACUUUUCCAGGCUGUGAUCUCUCUGCAUUAAGUUCUUUUUCGUUUGAAUAUUAAAAACAAAAUCGUCCAGUGAUUUAAGUUAUUAAUUUUAUGAAUGAAAAUAAAAUGUUUACGAAACCAAAUUAAAUAAAAUUGUUGUUUUUAUUGAUGUA